UUUUUUUUUCUUGUCCACCAUCUUUAUUCUUCUGCAAACAGUUCACUGAUGACAGCGCAUACUAUUUUAUUGAUUCAACCUACUAAUGAUUCUUCUACCCGAACAUAUUAUGAUUUCGAUACUGUAGCUUUGGCGAUGGAUAAGAUAGCGUCGCUAUUUGAAGAACGUCUUUUAGAAGAAAAUCCACGACUGACCGAACUCCAAUACCGAGCGGAAGAUCUACUUCGUUUUAUAGAUAGUCAUCGAGAAUUUGUUGCUCUUGUAUUUGAAAAUGGAAGUCGUACAUAUCAACCACAUGAUCAAAUUUGGGUGAAGAAUAAAUUGAUCUCUCAUCUUACUAAUAAACAACGAUCAUCAUCAUCAUCAUCAUCAUCAGGAAGAGGAAGAGGAUCACGUAGAUAUUAGUUGAAUUAGUUUAGAGAGAAAAAAAAAUAAUUAAAGUGUUAUAUAUAAU